CCCUUCCCUUCCCUUCCCUUCCCUUCCCUUUGGUCCCCUUAGGUUCGUCUUCUUCAACUGGACGCCACCAACCCAAAGAUCCCUUGCGAUAAUUCCGUCGUGGUAUUAAACAUACCAAGGGAGCAAGAAAAUUAGAAAAGGUCAACUUCCCCCACACCAGCCUUUCUUUUAUAUGUGAGAUAUAUCAUCGACCAGGGCCGACCAUCCUUCGAACCUACCAUUAGACCUUUUCUUCCGACGAAUUGAUCUCUCGACCUGAAUCACGACCCGAUCCUCGAGUAAUAAUCCGGUUUAAGCCACCAAAUUCAAUCAUCGACCGAAAAGUACAUACCAAAAGGCAAUACAAUCAACCCGAUAGGUUUCGAUGCACCAAGCAUUCCAGUAAUUCCCAUCGGACAACCUUUCAAUCUCUACAGCUCCUCGUGAACCAGCAGCAUUCUACCAUUGUUCGCAGUUUGUAUAGCAACGACAUCUGGGAAUAUCCUCCCCAUUUGAUUGUUUGCCGUCAACCUGAUCUCGGAACACUCUACAUCUAUACUACAAUUUAUAAUCGCGUCAGCGGAUCUUCCCUGCAGUGGACUUCAGUUGAAUCAAUUCAAUUGAUAGUAUAAUUUAGAGUAGCCAAUUCACCUCUUGAGCUCACAUCCCGUUCACUAUGGAGUCUUCACCCAUAGCUGCAAUGCAGCCUUCUUCAUUUAUGCCAGCUUGGGCUAGAAAUGACAUGUAUGCCUCUCACCCACACGCACAUAUGUCAAACGUCACUGCAAAUUCUUUCGGUCCAGGUGCUUUCGACUUUCGGGAUUUGAGCAUGAAGCAUUCUGCAAAAGCGGAUUACUUCUUGGUUAAACCUGUUCGUGGUUCUUCACCUACAGCAAGCUUGGCGGCAGAUCUAUCUCAAAAUUUUCACAUUGACAUGAGUCCCCAAUUACCAACUCCUCGUCGAUCUCUCUUCACAUCGAAUCUUUUUGGGACAUUGGAUGGUAGGGAUUGUGCUACUACUCCUCCUUUACCUUCCUCCUCACCAGGUCCAUUGAACGAAAGAAUGGAUAUAUCCCCUCUUCCACAUAAGCAACCAUAUUUCUCUGCGCAAAUUGAGAUGGCUUCACCUACACCAGCAGGUACACCAGUGGAAGAUACAGCUAUGGGGUCAUCUCCAAUUCGUUCUAGUCUAUUGGACGCCCCAAAACCUUUUGGUGCUGAGAGACGCAAAAAUGGAUUAUUACGACCAUCCCUCUCACGUACCAAGGGUUUCUCGACGAAUUCCCUUCCUCGACAAAACGCCGAAAGUCAAUUGCCUCCCUUCCGCUUCGGUGCUGGAAGCAGCAAGUUGUCUACCUCUACAUCAAUGUCUUUGGGCGAAUGUUUCAUGGAAUCACCACCACGAGAACGUCCUGAACGUCCUUCGGGUGGAAUCAUGGCACCACCACCUCGAUUGAGCAGACCAUUCUCAAGUGUGUCAAGCAGAGUCGUCAAUGGAUCACCAAUUGGCAGCCACUCCCGCAGAACUUCCAAUCCGUUAGUUCGGCCUAGGAAACAAUUUCGACGAUCCCUCAGCAUGUUUGAAAGUCCACAAGAUAUUGUCAAAGAAAAGGGGAAUACGUCGAGCAACUUGGAGACCGUCAUGGAUGUUGAUGAAAUACACCAACCAAUCUUACCACACUUUUUCCAAGAAGGUCAACCUGAUAGCAUUCCUAGAAUUGCCAAGGAGACUUUAUUGGAAAUUCUUGAUGGAAAAUACGAUGAUGAAUAUGACCAACGAAUGAUUGUUGACUGCAGAUUCGAAUAUGAAUACGAAGGUGGACAUAUCGAUGGUGCUGUCAACUAUAAUGACAAAGAAUUAUUGACCAGUCAAUUGUUUGAAGAAAAUAUCCCUGGCAAAACCCUCCUAAUCUUUCAUUGCGAAUACUCCGCACAUCGAGCACCCAUAAUGGCUCGUCACGUACGACAACAAGAUCGUACUACUAACGUCGAACAAUACCCAAAACUUUCUUACCCUGAAGUGUAUAUCCUGGAUGGUGGUUACAGUGCUUUCUUUACAGAACAUCAAGGCCGUUGCUUUCCCCAGAAUUACGUUGAAAUGGAUGCUAAGGAACAUGCUUACACAUGUGAGCGGGAAAUGGGAAGACUUCGACAAAAUAGAACCAAGCUCAGCAGAGCACACACUUAUGCCAUUGGCCAACACGGACAAAUUGAUGAUAGCCCUACUGCACCCAGUCGAUCAAAAUCGAGUGGCAGUAUGUUAACGACAGAAAUGACGAGUUCCCCUAUGAUGAGCUCUCCUAUAUUUUACGACCGAGGUACCCCACGAAGACAAGUCUCAUACUAAAUAAUACCUUUGCAUCUGAUUUGGCGUUUAGCAUGGCAUUGCAUUCUUUCACUCGGAGUUUUUUUGGUAUUUACAAGUUCGGAACAGAAUCCGACACUCAUUACAACAGGUCGUCUAGAUACCCUGACCUGUUUUCUUUUUCUACAAUUACUCACCGAUUUUCUAAUUUCUCGGUUGAGUCUUCCUUCAGUCGUCCGUUUUCAUCUUCGAAAGGUUUUACGGAAAGUUUUUCUAUAUCAAACAAAUUUGCUCUGGCGUAUUGGCGUGCAUCUAAAGAGUUCCUGUGUCUUGCUUGUCACACACACUCUCUCAUUGUCUAGGUUCUACCCUAAACAAUGCAUUCGACAUACUUUUUGAGUUAUCAGCGAGUCCUUUUUUAAUAUCGAUCAUCGAGUCGAUUCAGCGAAAAACAAACCUUUCUUGGAUCAGGAAUCCCGGACCACAACAUUCUUUACACGAACCUUUUUUUAUUACCAUGAGAACGACCCAUAAAUGGCCGAAACACGAUGACGUUAUCAAAUUUCCUUUUUGCAAAGAAGCAAACUUCUAGUCUUGACAUCGACUAAAGAAUGUUUCAAUACUCUCUACAUCAACUCAAAGUUUUCUAACUCUGGAAUUUUUCCAAAUCGUACAUACAACACACACAUGCACAUGCACCUCAAUUCUAUGGAUUCGAAACAUUCGAUUUGCUUUCAAUUCCUUCGACUAUUUUCACCAUAGACCGAUAUUCACUAAAACUCCUUUAAUAUUUCCCAUCAAUCAACAAAUCGUUUGCGUCUGGAUCUUGAGCUUUACUCCUUUUUAAUGAUACGUUUGACAGUUACAUGUGCAUCCGCAAAGUUAAGCUUGUUUGCUUUUUCUCGUUGCUUUUAAAAAGAAAUACAGAUGGAUUGUUAAGAGAUAAUGAUUGACGUUAGGGGCUGUCAGAAUAUAGGGUGUGAAAUAAAUGGAUGAUCAGGGGAUGAAAAAACUGAUACCUUUUUCUCGUAAUACAGUUGAUGGGUUGGAAGAUGAUAUAGUAGCUGGGCUUUCUGCUGCCUUUGUUGGGGUGAAAGAAACUUACUUUUAUUUGUUUAACUGUAUGAGUGUUUGGAGUACUAGGAAUAGGGAGAAGGAAAACGAGGUGGAGAGCCGUAUUUGCAACCCUAAAUGGGUGUAGAGUUCUGUCACACGCUGAUGAGACUGCUACUUUCUACUUACUUACUGCUUUACUUAUACCUCACGAGUAUUCUUGAAAAAAGGAACCGUGUUGAGAGACGAUACUUAAGAUAUGAAAUGAAAAAAACAAGUUAAAAAUU